GCCCUAUCAUUAGCCCGAAGACAGUCAGUCACCCUUCAUAUUUUCGCACCCCCGAGCUUCGGAUUUACCAUUAGCAAUAUCCCUUCCAACAAGAUACAAAUAAUGAACCCUCAGAGCUCAUCUGAUACUGCACAACAACGACGGAGACGGCCUCCGCUGGCAUGCGAGCAAUGCCGUCGGCGGAAGGUGCGUUGCGACCGAAAUCUACCUUGCACACCUUGUAGGCGUGCUAGACAGUCUCUAGCUUGUUCAUAUGCCCCUACCAAUCAUGUCUCCCAAGAUAUAACCUCAAUUAAUAUCGAUAGUCCAGCUCCUACAUGUUCACAGGGGCAACCAAGUUCCAAAAAACGGAGCAUCACUUCGGUCUUGUGUGGAGAAGAGGGUGAAAAUGCCGACAACCUCGGGGCAUCCAAUAUCUCAUCCCCGAAUACGCAGCUUAUUGAAAAUCUUCAGUUACGGGUUCGUCAAUUGGAGGAGCUAGUGGGAGCUUGUGGCAUACACCCGAUUACUGAUGCUGUGGUAACGUCUUCGACUGCAGCUCUAGAACAGAGCACUGUACAUCACCCCAAUCCAAUUGGACAGAACCAUUCCUCGCAGUCUGGACGUCCACAGGCAUCUGAAAGUUAUUCAAUAACUGCUCCGCUACCGCGUUUGCGAGUGUCAUCUGAGAAGAGCAAGUUGUUCGGGGCCAAUCACUGGAUAAACACGGCCGCGCAGUUUCAAGUGAUCGGUGACUUUACUCCAAGAGACGUAGAAUUCUCUUUUGCAAAUGAAAAUAUGGCUGACCUUCAAAACGCUGUGAGGGAAUGUGCCGGAUUACGACGGUCGUGGAAAACGCGGCUAUACAAUGAGAAUACACUUCCUAUUUUGGAUAUAUCAAGCACGUUUCCUGAUAGAACUGUAUGCAACGAGUUAGUUCAGUGCUAUAUGAGGACGCUUGAGCCUAUUUACCGUCUCUUUCAUAUUCCAUCUUUCUGGGAAGAGUAUGAACAGUUCUGGAACAACCUGCAAGCUUCUCCCACACAAUUUGCAAUGAAAUUGGGGCUAAUUCUCGCUAUUGGUACUAUCUUUUAUGGAAACCCCGAAAAUUGGGAGCACCUUCAAGGACUAUCACAGAAAUGGAUAUAUUCUGCCCAAUGGUGGCUAACUGGCCCAUCAGGACCGGCGACUUUUAAUUUGGAUGGUAUCCAGAUAUGUUGUCUGAUAAUCCUAUCACGUCAAGUUGGAUGCUUGAGUACUCCUCUAUGGAUUUCAGCAGCAUCUUUGCUACGCAUGGCUAUGAUGAUAGGGUUGCAUCGAAAUACGACUCUUUUUCCAACUCUUUCCCCAUUCCAGGUGGAAAUGAGAAAGAGACUAUGGGCAACGGUUGUAGAAUUGAGCGUCCAGUCCGUGAUGGAUUCUGGAGUGCCUUGUGCACUUUCCUUGGAUGAUGGGGAUAGCGAAGGUCCUUCAAAUAUUGAUGACAACGAUAUUUCCCUAGGAAGCAAGUCGCAAGUAAUACCAAAAGGCAAUCGAGUUCUCACGGACUCUUCAGUUCAGAUUUUACUGGGAAGGUCACUUCACGUGAGGCUCGAGAUAGCCCGCCUAAUUAAUAAGACGUCUCGCGCAGAUUUAACCUACGACACCACGUUAAAACUAGGAAACGAGCUGCGUGCCGCCUGUCGCGAAGUAUCCGCUUUCUUUCAAGCUCAUAGCUCUACCCGAAACAAGCAUGAGACUGGAGUGACGGACUUCCAUCGCAGAUUCAUAGAUAUGAUGCUACGUCGAUAUAUUUUGUUUCUACACCGGCCGUUUAUGAUUGAAGCUCGAAAAGACGCACGAUAUUAUCUGUCACGGAAGAUAUGCGUGGAAUCUUGCAUAGUCAUGGCAUCAUACACCGAGAAAUUAGAUGAAGCAUCCGAAGAUUCGAUAGACUUAUCACGUCUAACUUUUGCUGGAAAUAUAUCCUUCAAAGGACCACUUUGUAUGGAUGUUAUUUCAGUGCUGGGUUUCGAGAUUCUGAUGCAAAUCGAAGAAGGGGACUCACUAGGAACCAUUAAAACGCCAACGUCACAGACAGGAAACGAUAUCCUUGACGAACUAGCGACGGCUACCCGGGCACCACUGUUGAAAUGCCUUAUGCGUAUAAAAGACCAACUAGAGCAGACUUUCACUUUUGGUAUUCCGAGUCUCAAACGCUAUACAUAUGCUGCCGCUAUUUUGAGCUUGAUCCGAACUAUGGAAAAUGGAUUGCCUCUCAAGCCAACAAUUUACGAGGACGCCACAGCCAGCCUGAAGACUUGUGUCGCGUUGCUUAAGAAAUACCAAGCCGAUCGAAACCAGACCGUACCAAUAGAAGCAGCACAAUCAGAUGAUGUUGAGAAUAUCUCUUCCUUGUUCUCCCUGGAUGACUGGGACUCGAGUACCGACCUGGACUUUUCGGAUCUUCUCGGCUUCCCAGGGCUUUUCGAUCAACCGCCCCAUUCCGGAUAAUUAAAAUAGCAACGAAAAUUCAGAAGCAACCCGAACGAAUAUGACGAAGUUCGGUGUCAAUCUCGGUGAAUUCGGCAAGCUCGCCCGUAUUGUCAAUAUAUAUGACCCCCCAGAAUGCCGGUCCUGUUAUCCUCAAAGAAAGUGUUUCAAUAAUGAGAUCGAAAAUGUAUUCUCAAACUUUUUCUUUUUGGCACAAGUACCCAGGGCAAUUAUCACGCCAUCAUGUCUCACCCUUCCAAGUGCAGCCUCGAAGAGGCGCAGGAAAGUUUCUCAAAAUCGCGACGUUGUGCACUGUGACCUAUCUUGUGGAAAAGGAAAUUUCUUUCCUCCCAGUAUGAAAUUACUUUAAACAAACUGGAUUAUAACACUGUUUCUAAAAUGCUGCAGUGAACGAAGAGCUUCAGAUAUACACAACAAGAAGCUUGGAAUGAACAAGAACGGAGAGACAGCC